AUGGCUGCCACGAAGCGUUCUCUCGCCGACACCGAGGCCGAGGUCGAUGUCACCUCCAAGAAGCAAAAGGUCAAGGACCUCCCCGCCGGUGGCGACGAGGCCGCGGCGGAGCUGAAGAAGCAGAAGAAGAAGGAAAAGAAGGAGAAGAAGGAAAAGAAGGAGAAGAAGGACAAGUCGUCCGCUGUCGCCGCCGCCGACGAGGAGAGUCCCGCCGAGACCAAGGUGGAGACUGAGGAGGACAAGGCCGAGAGGAAGAGGCAAAAGAAGGAGAAGAAGGAGAAGAAGAGAAAGGAGAAGGAGGCCGAGAGCAGCAACGGCGCCGCCGCCGACGAUGUCCCCGUCGUCACGGCCAGCGGACCUACCCCGACCGCCGCCGUCCUCGGCGGCUACCAGCAGGCGGCCGCCCUGACCGCCCUCCCCCAGUCCGAGGUCAACGCCUUCCUGACGGCCGAGAACAUCACCGUCACCGACCCCGUCGACAACCCGACCGCGCUGCGCCCGAUCCUCGAGUUCUCGUACCUCCCCAAGACCGACCUGAUCAAGAAGAACCCCUUCUCGGCCUACAAGAAACCCACGCCCAUCCAGUCGUCCUCGUGGCCCUACACGCUCUCGCGCCGCGACGUCAUCGGCGUCGCCGAGACGGGCUCCGGCAAGACCAUGGCCUUUGCGCUGCCCCUCGUCGAGGGCAUCUCCAAGAUCAAGAAGCGCUGCAUCAAGGCCGUCGUCGUGUCGCCGACGCGCGAGCUGGCGAUGCAGACCCAAGAGCAGAUGGAGCACGUCUCGAGCCUGCUGGGCCUCAAGAGCAUCUGCAUCUACGGCGGCGCCUCCAAGGACGAGCAGCGCGGCCUCCUGCGCCGCGGCGCCGACGUCAUCGUCGCGACGCCCGGCCGCCUCAAGGACUUCAUGAUGGACGGCACCAUCUCGCUCGGGGACGUCCGCUUCGCCGUGCUCGACGAGGCCGACCGCAUGCUCGACAAGGGCUUCGAGGAGGACAUCAAGAUGAUCCUCGGCGACAUGCCGCCGCGCGAGGAGCGCCAGACCGUCAUGUUCACCGCCACCUGGCCCGCGUCGGUGCGCAAGCUGGCCGAGUCCUUCAUGGUCGACCCCAUCAAGAUCACCAUCGGCUCUAGCGGCAAGGAGACGGCCAACGGCGCCGUCGAGCUGCAGGCCAACACGCGCAUCACCCAGCGCGUCGAGGUCGUCGACCCCCGCGCCAAGGAGCAGAGGCUGCUGCAGCUGCUGAAGCAGUGGCAGACGGGCGCCCAGAAGGACGACCGCAUCCUCGUCUUCUGCCUGUACAAGAAGGAGGCCACCCGCGUCGAGACCUUCCUCCAGCAGCGCGGCAUCCGCGUCGGCGGUAUCCACGGCGACCUCCGCCAGGAGCAGCGCACUCGCAGUCUUGAGGCCUUCAAGGCCGGCACCACGCCCGUCCUCGUCGCCACCGACGUCGCUGCGCGCGGUCUGGAUAUCCCCGAGGUGAAGCUGGUCAUCAAUGUUACGUUCCCCUUGACGAUUGAGGAUUACGUCCACAGAAUCGGACGUACCGGCCGCGCCGGCAAGACUGGCGAGGCCAUCACGCUCUUUACCGAGCACGACAAGGCGCACUCUGGAUCUUUGAUCAACAUCCUCAAGGGUGCCAAGCAGCCCGUCCCUGACGAGCUCUUCAAGUUCGGCACCACCGUCAAGAAGAAGGCUCACAGCACGUACGGCGCCUUCUUCAAGGACGUCGACAUGACGAAGAAGGCUACCAAGAUCGUGUUUGACUGA